AUGAUUCAGAAUGACCCCUUAUUUGAACUUGAUGGAAGUAAAUCAAUUCUUAAUGGAGGAGGGGGCAUCGAACAACCAUAUCAGCCCCCGUUCUUUGAUGAAAAAUCGUUUUUUUUCGAAAAAACUCGUGUUUAGUGAAAAACUGACUAUGGAUUCUGAUUCCUAGCCCCGAAAAACCUUUGGUCAAGUUUUAUAAAAUUUAGUUAUUUCGAAUAGACCACCCAUGGCCGAAAACAAAAUCGCGAAAGGUCCCAGUGAGAACAAUCCACAAUGGAACCUAUAUAGCCAGCCUUCAGUUAAGUGUAAAUCAUUUAUCAUUUAGCUGGAAGCAUCAUCUACUCGUCAGCUAGUUAAUCUUAGGUUGUAACAGAAACUGGUAAAUGGGAAGUAGUGGCCACCUACCACGUACGGGUAGUAACAGUAGUGGGACUAUGACACUCCUAGUCAAGAAGAGACCCAUGUGAAAAUUUAAGUCAAAAAGCGCGCUUAAAUUAGCUUAAAUUUUUGGCUGAAAAGUGCUGAAAAGCGCACAUUUUAAGCGGCUGGAAAGUGCUUAAAUAUAUAUAGUUCAGCGC